GCAUGCGACAGCUGUGUACGGCUGCAGUGUUUCUUCUCGUCACAUUCAACCGCAGAGUUCUUGGCAUUCUGUGCAUCGACUGCAAAUACCUUGAGAUAGAUGGCGUUAGUGUGUUGGGCCCACUAGGGGACGUACGCUGUAAUGGCAGCCACACGACUGUUAACACGACCGCCGAGUGCAGUGAAGGCUGUGUACAGAUGGGAUUUUCUUUUCGACAUAUAAAUAAACAGGAGAACCAUACGGUAGCCUAUAGCUUACGGUAUUGUGCCGCAAAGCGCCCCGAGGGAGACGGAUGUCGUUACAUGACUGGGGAUUACGCGCGAAAAGGCUCAACGGAUUUGAGAAUGAUAGGAUUCGAGAGGUUUUUUAGUUACUUCAGAACGGGAAAGUUUGAAGAUUUUGAAGGUGUUGAAUGCUACUGUAGUGAUGAAGACCGAUGUAAUGCUGAAGUGAAGAAUGUUAACCCGUUGCCGACUGCUAUUGUCAACUCUUACCUGCCAUGGGCCAUCAUAGCGAGGGUUAUAGCCUUGACACUAGUUAUCCUGAUUGCAACCGGUCUUCGAGUGUGGUGUCUGAAGCAUCCUAACAACCUCUAUGUUCUGAAGUGGAACUACAUGUUUUUCACCAACUGGCAAUGCUGUCCUGUGAGGGAUGAUGCUUUGUGUGUUACAAAGAAGGAUAUCUGUUGCCUUUGUUCACUGGCUUGCUGUUCACCGUGUUGCUGUUCAUAUAGGUAUGACGCGAUUGUCUCCUAUUAUGACCACAAAGAAGAUGAAGAGCAACAAGAAGAAGAUAUAGGGAAUGGUGAUGGAGAAGAGCCAGAAGAAGAAAUAGGGAAUGCGCAUGAAAAGAACAAGCUAAAUAAGUGCUUAAACGAGCUUAAACGCCUAAGAGAUCGAGGUGAUUACAAAAUAGUACUGCGGGAAGAAGUCUUCUGGAUACUUGAAGACAAUUUUCAUAAAAAAAUAAUGCAAAGUCGACUGUUCAUCAUGCUCGUCUCCGAGAAGUAUUUUACACCGAAACACAAAGACAUUUUGGGAGUUGCACAACAUCAGGUGAACGCAGGAAAAUUGAAAAUCAUUGCAAUCAUUCUCCAAGAGAUCCAGCGAGAUGAACUUGAAAGAGAUGAAACUAAUGAAUUGAUCCUCAAAUUAAUGGACGGUACGUUUUGUAGACCUGGUAUAAUACUUAAGUGGCCCGCAGAAGAAAAUAAAGAAAAAAAUGAAAUAGAACAAGAUCUAGAAAAAUUCGGGGAAAAACUUAGGCUGUGCAUGCCUAAUAAAGUAUUCUUAACAAAAGGAUGUGUGUGCCUGAAAAGGGAAAACCACAGGUAUGAAGAAAUGGAAGGCAUCCUAAACGCAAAUUAAAAACAAUGCCCAACUGUCUUGUAACGUUGGUGAUGAAAACGCAGAGCCACUAUGUUGAAGACAAACCCCGUGACAAUAGACCCCGUGAACCCAGUCUUCAGAGUCACUAGAAAUUCUUAUAUCGUAUUGAAAGAAAGUUGAAAAUGGUAAAGAUUGUGCGUCAGGGUUCAUACAAUAUAUCAUUAGUCCCAAUUCAUCGAAGGGGAGCCUUGAGAUUACUAGUAGGCUUCAGAUUACUGAUUUAAACCUUCAUUUGUUAGAAUGAUGCAGUUCAUGUAUUACAUAUAUUCAUAUUUAUGAUUAUCAGCGAUCUUCUAUCCUUAUCCCCAUAUGAGAGAAAUAUUUUGUGAGAAAUAAGUGAAAUUAUUUAUCAAAGCAAAUUAAGAAUUUCAAAAAAU